AUGGAAACAAGCACGGGCUUCGACGGAGAACCGCCGUUUUGCGCGGCGGGUUGCGGCUUCUAUGGAGUCCGAGAGCACCGCGGUCUCUGCUCCAAGUGCUACGCCGCUUUCCUGAGAGACCAAGCCGCGAAAUCCGCCGCCGAGGCGGCCAAGGGACGGCCCUCGAGCUCGGCUUCCGGGGCUGCCGUUUCUUUAGACGAUUGGGCUGCUGCGCUGGGGGAACAGACUCGAGACACUCCAACCCCAACGAUGAUCAAGAAGAAGAACAGGUGCGCCGCGUGCGACAAGCGCGUCGGUCUACUGGGGUUCGAGUGCCGCUGCGGCGACGUGUUCUGCGGGGCACACCGGUAUCCAGAAGAACACGGUUGCGACGUCGAUUUCGGGACGGCGGCAAGGCGGAGAUUGUCGGAGGAGAAUCCUCUUUGCAAGGCCGACAAGAUGGAAUUUAGGAUUUGA